AUGAGGGAGAGGGCCACUCCAUGGAUGGCGAAUAUUGAUUGGGAUAACUGUGAGAAUGUAUCACAAAUGCUUACUAAAGAGAUUCACGCAUAUGCUCAAUUUAUCUCCCCGACCCCUGAAGAACACGAAACCCGACGUCUCAUCGUCCAGUUGAUACGAAAUGCUAUUACUGGGGACUUCCCCGAUGCUCAGCUUUUUACGUUUGGAAGUUUUGAAACUCGCUUAUACCUACCAACAGGUGACAUUGACUUAGUAGUCAUGUCUUCAAUUAUGGAGCAAUAUAGUAGCAUCAAAUUGCUUCUUUCCAAGCUUGCUUCUUCCAUCCGUCGAGCUCGUAUCUCUCAUGACGUUGAGAUCAUUGCGAAAGCGAAAGUGCCGAUCAUAAAAUUCGUUACAUCAUACGGUCACAUCUCUGUCGAUAUCUCUGUCAAUCGGCCAGGCGGCGUCGCCGCUAGUACAAUGGCGAAGCAGUUCAUGGAGGAAAUUCCUGCCAUCAGACCACUAGUUCUUGUCAUCAAAAACUUCCUGAAACAGCGAAAUAUGAACGAAGUUUUCUCUGGAGGUUUAGGGAGUUACGGUAUCCUAUGUUUAGUCACGAGUUUCCUUCAGCUACAUCCCAAGAUUCGCCGUUCCAAGAUAGACCCAAUGGACAACCUUGGAGUGCUUCUUAUAGAGUUCUUUGAGACGUACGGGAAGCACUUCAAUUAUACCGAUAUAGGCAUUUCGCUCCGGAAUGGGGGACUUUACUUUCGUAAGAGGGAUCGGGGUUGGGCAGCGGCGGAUCGGAAGUCGAUUGGGUCGAUCCUUUGCAUCGAAGAUCCCCGCGAUCCUUUGAACAAUGUGACCUCUGGUAGCUUUGCCUUCCACAGGGUAAAGCAGACAUUCGCUGGCGCUUUCGAGGUCCUUACUGCGGAGUUGUGUUUGAGGGACACUGAGCGAGAGUCGAAAGCUAAUGGCACUUAUUACUCACUGAGAGCGGAGGGUUCUGGCGAUGUGGGUAGGAGUCUGCUCAGUGGAGUGACAGGAAUUACCCAAGAAGUUGAGCCUUUACUUCCUCCCCGUGCACAGUCUGACAAUCUAUUUUUUGCAGAUGAUGGAUCGAAGGAGAGAAAUCAUUAA